AUGAGCCAGCGCAUCUCCCCAAACCAGGCGUGCUGGGGGAACCGGGACCAGGACACGAGACUGACUGCGUUUGUCUUCCUGUUUUACUUCUGCUGUGGAAGAAAUUUAAGCAAGAACAUGUAUAGUGAAUUGCUCAAUUCAACCAGUGCCACCGAAGCUCACCUAAUGAUUCAGACCAACACGCCCUACCUGAGCAGCACUCCGAGACCCGUGAGCUCCUCUGCUCUUUACAUGUCCACAGCCCGGGUGUUAAAAGAAGGGGAAAUAAAUAAGCCAGACCUGGUGACUUACAUCAUUCUAUUUUUCUUUCUGUUCUUGACUGUGACAUUCAUUGUGUUCUUCAUAAACUGCCAGCUGAAAAAUUCUUUUUUUGCUACUCUUCCUUACGACAGAUCGCUCAGGGAGGCGAGGAACCCGUGGAGGACACAAGCUGUCUGA